AUGCCCUCCUCUCCUGCGCGCCGCAGGCAAGCACGUAUGCUUCGUCGUGUAACGCCGCCACGCCCUUUGAAUGCAUUUUUUCUUUUCCGACAAGAAUUCCAAAGAUUUCACAGUAAAUCGGAUUUACUCAAGACCCAACAAGCUAUUUCAAAAAGUGCAUCUGAAGCGUGGCGAUCGUUACCAGACGAUAAGCGCAAGGAGUAUCAUCGUACGGCUGAAAUGGCUGCUGAGAUACAUAAGGAAAAAUAUCCAGAUUAUAUCUACAGUCCCCGAAGACAGGCAAAUGGGGAGUUUAAAGUAAGAUUUGGUGGCGUUCUUAAUUGGCAUGACAGGACGAAUAAAAGUAGUCGAAAGGAUGCUGGAAAGGAGAGGACAAAUGCAAAUCAAGAUGAAAUGGGUAAUAAUUAUGCGUAUGAAAUAAAUCCUCCUGAUGAACCGACUCAUUGCUUUAGUUCUUGUGCUGAGUCAUCAAUAAGCUCGACAGAUGCAAAAAACCGCUUUGCAAGUUUUUUGCCUUCUGUACAUCCCCGACUCGGCCCACAGUCCGAAUCACUUGCAAAACGAAAAUUUUUUGCUAGUUCCUUUAUUCCAUCUCCGUCUCCUGACUGUUAUAAGCCAAGUGUUCACACUCAUCAAGAAGCUAAUAACACGACCAGUCUACCUAAUACUCUUGAACCAAAUAUCGCGUUUUUGUGUUCGGGUAUUGAUUUUAAAAUCAAAAGUCAACUAUUGUGCGCAGGAUUUGAGUCACUUUUCGAACCGAGUAAAUCAAUAACCGAUACAUUUGGGUCAAAGAAAUUCGAAAAUCAGGAGGAUCGAACAAAUAUAGUCAAUAAAUAUGAAUUGCCCCCAAUAUGUAUGAGUCAAGGUGCACGGAAGAUCUGCCAAUAA